ACAAAGAAACAUCACAGAGAAAAAAAGUUUCUGUGGGCGAAACGAAAAACUUUCAGCGUUUCCUUACAUUUGGCACGUCGCAAUGAAAAGCAGGAAACGUAAUUAUGUAGGCCCUCGAACUUAAUCCGCGGAUUGGAGUGGUUUUAAUUGAGAAAUCUGAGGGACCAGUUGAGUUGUGCAUACAAAACCCAAGGACGAAAGAUGGCUUCAGGAGAGGGGAACAAAAUUAUGGUGUUUCGUCCAACUUUGGAAGAGUUUGCGGAUUUCUCCGCUUAUAUUCGUAAGAUGGAAGAGAUGGGAGCUCAUCGAGCUGGUGUUGCUAAGGUCAUACCUCCCAAAGAAUGGGUUCCUCGUAAAAGUUAUGAAGACAUAGACACUAUGAUUCCGGCGCCAAUAUUACAAGUUGUAACUGGAACUCAAGGACUGUUCCAGCUGUUCAAUGUGCAGAAGAAGGCAAUGUCUUUUAGUGAAUUCAAGAAACUUGCCAACAGUGAAAGGCACAGACCUCCCAUGGGAGAUCAAGAUGAGAUUGAAAGAAAAUACUGGAAAAACGUGACAUUCAACAACCCAGUUUACGCAGCUGAUAUUCCCGGCACAGUGUACGACAAGGAUGUGAAAGAAUGGAACAUAGGAAGAUUAGGGACAAUUCUUGAUUUGAUCAAGAAUCAAUAUGGAGUCCAUAUUGAGGGAGUAAACACCCCAUAUUUGUACUUUGGGAUGUGGAAAGCUACAUUUGCAUGGCAUACUGAGGAUAUGGAUCUCUACAGUAUAAACUACUUACAUUUUGGAGCUCCAAAGACUUGGUAUGCAAUCCCUCCCGAACAUGGCCAGCGCUUGGAAAGACUUGCUGCAGGUUUCUUUCCCGGAAGCUUUCAAAGCUGUUCCCAGUUUCUUAGACACAAGAUGACUAUUAUCUCACCCCAAGUGCUUAGAAAGUUUUCAAUACCAUAUGAUAAGAUAACACAAGAAGCUGGCGAAUUUAUGAUCACCUUUCCUUAUGGCUAUCACUGUGGUUUUAACAAUGGUUUUAACUGUGCUGAGUCGACGAAUUUUGCGUCUGAAAGAUGGAUUGAUUUUGGAAAGAAAGCGCAAGUUUGUAUGUGUAAAAAGGACACCGUUAAGAUUUGCAUGGAUGUCUUCGUUAAGACAUUUCAACCAGACAAGUGGGAAGAGUAUCUGAAGUCCAAACAUGACGACAGCAGUGACAGCGAGGAUGACGAGGAAGAAGAGCAACACGAGGAAGGGAAAGAGAAAAAGAAAAACGAAAAAGAUAGAGCGCCGGGGAAAGAAAAAAUCAAGUCAGAGGGUCUUCUUAUAGAUGUCGAUGAUGACAUGCCCCUUGCUAAGUUGAAAGAAACGCUAGCAAGAGGGUCUCUUGAGAGACGAAAAUCUGCAUCUAAAAGACAGCCCGUGGUUACAAAAUCCUUCACUGUCCCCAGCAGUGCUGGGAGAAGAAAUAAAAUGGAAGAAACCAAGAAAAGAAAAGGUCGGAAAGAUCAAGGAGGAAAAACUAGCACAUCCAAUAAAAUACUGUCUAGUAUUCUUGACGGGCUAUGGCAUCAUCAGCUGCCGAAUUUUGAGAUGGAACAGGCUUUUAACAUCGUUCUCUCACAGCAGGAACCUCAUUGUUCUGUUUGUAGCUUCUUCUCAAAAUCAGAGGAUAAUCUGCUAGUACAUCUAAGAGAAAAUCUCCACAAACCGCUUUCCAAUUUAACGAUAAACCUAACUGGUUUGACCGAAAAGCUGUCUGUCCCUAAAGUACCAGAGAUUUGCUUCAUGUCGGACGACUCCAGUCCUGAGAGUAUGAGCUCUUGGCUGGACAAAAAGUUCACCACAGAUACAGCAAGUCCUCUGCUACGAUGUGCAUCAUGUAAAUUACUUGUUCAUGCAAGUUGUUAUGGUGUAAGUCAUGCUCCAAGUGAUGGCCAGUGGAAAUGUCAAAGAUGUCUUCAAGAUGAUCAAUCAGCCAUUGAAAAUAGUUAUUGCUCGUUAUGUAGACUGGGUGGUGGUGCUUUGAAGAGGACAACAGACAGCAGAUGGGUUCAUAUAGGAUGUGCAGUAGCUGUACCUGAAGUGUUCUUUGUCGAUGUGAAUCUUAGGGAAGGAGUUAACAUCGAUAAAAUUACUUCAGCAAGAAGAAAACUUAAAUGUUUUUAUUGUCGAUCAAGUUCCACGGCUAGCGGAAGGGAUAAUGGUGCAUGCGUACAAUGUUGCGCGGGAAAGUGUGCAGUAUCCUUUCAUGUGACGUGCUUUGUUUUGGCCGGGUUCGUGUUGGAGCCAAGUGAUUGGCCGCAACCUACGGAAACCUACUGCGAGAGACAUCUGAGAACAAGAUUUAAAGGAAAGCAGAGAGACUUCUCUGUUAUUCAUUUCGGUGAAUCCGUUGUAGCCAAGCACAAAAAUGGAAGAUAUUACAGGGGCGUGGUGCAGGACACGACAACUGAUGAGUAUUAUGUGGUGUCAUUUGAUGAUGGGACGUACUGCGAUAAUUUACCUCCAACUGACAUUGUGGGUCAUGACAACACACAAGAGGAUAUUCCUGUAGGAAGGGUUAUUCAAGUCAGGUGGAGCGAGGACGGUGGACUGUAUAAAGCCAGAGUCACUGGCCGAAGAAUAAGCGUUACAUACCAGGUUGAAUUCGAAGAUGAUUCGUGGUUAAGCGUCCGCCGGGAGGACGUGUACAAAGCAAGUGAAGAACUUCCUCUUAAAGUGCAACAGCGACUGUCCUCCGCCACAGAGACAGCUAAUCUGUGUUACUGGGAAGACAUUCCUGAUCACAGUGCCAAGCGACCUAGGAAACAGAACCCACGCUUUCUAUGAGAGAUUAAUAGUAAGCUUUGGAUAUUUCGUCCUUUUAUCGAUAUUG